CACGCCUAUUUAACCAGUGGUGAGUGGUGGUUGCCUGGUUGGUUAAGUCAUUCAUACCAUCCGGGGUGUGUGUACGUUGCUUUGUGCUUCAAAUUAUUUCUUUCUGGGUCCGUGUUUCAUUGCUUCCUUUUCCUUUUUUUCUUCUCAAAAACUAUGAAUUAUUUGGGUGUUGGUAUUAGUCCUGGGAAUGUCCCCGUAUACCAUGGCACUAAUCCGAUGGUAAUUGAAAGAAGAGUGAGGAUUGCAGAGUUGCUCUUAAGGUGUUUGAUAUGCGUCCUCAGUGUACUCACAGCCUUUCUAGUGGGAACCGAUAGCCAGGUCAAAGAAAUCUUUUCGAUUCAGAAGAAAGCUCGGUUUACAGACAUGAAAGCUCUUGUGUUUUUGGUCGUAGCCAAUGGGGUAGCUGCUGCCUAUUCCUUAGUACAAGUGGUUCGUUGUGUGGUGAGUAUGGUGAAGGGAAGUGUGCUUGUCAAUAAGCCUUUGGCUUGGACCAUUUUCAGUGGAGAUCAGGCAAUGGCAUACUUGAAUGUGGCCGCCGUGGGAGCCGCGGCACAGUCAGCAGUGUUUGCGAAGCUGGGGCAAACGGAACUUCAAUGGAUGAAGAUAUGCAACCUGUAUGGCAAGUUUUGUAACCAAGUUGGGGAAGGAAUAUCAAUGGCAGUGUUAGCUAGUGUGUGCAUGGUACUCCAAUCUGGUAUCUCUGCUUUCACUCUAUUUCGCUUAUGUGGUGUCAACAAAGCCAAAGGCAACUCCGGGUGGUAGAAUUUCAGCUAGUUUCACAGGCUCAGUCCAAAGGGUUGUCUAAUCUUAUAUCAUAUAUAUAUAUAGUAAAAUAUGCAAUGUAAGCUCGUUGAAACACAUGUAAGAGGACUCAUCAUCUAUGUAUUUAGUAAUUAUUAACUUGAUGAAUUUAAUUAAUGCAUAUUCAGCAAGCAAA